AUGCCCAAUGUUUCUAAUUUGAUCCAUCCAAGUUUAUUGGAAAGGAAGCUCAACAAAAGAAUGAGCGCCUGUGACUCGUAUUCGGGGAAGAAACUGGAUCUGAUACUGGAAAUGGUCUGCACCAAAAAGUCCUUUUUGGAUCUGAAUCUGUUUUUUGCAAGAGAGUUCAAAAUUCUCGCUAUUCCUGGCUUACCAUUGUUUGUGGCCAUGUUACCAAUUAGGAGACACGCCUCUUCGAUCUCCAAAGUGAUUUUCUUCUGGUCUAAUGCAUGUAAAAACCUAGGGAAGUUGGCGAUCAAAGACGUGAGCAACCUAGAGUCUCCCGAUCCAAUGAUAUCACUAUCCUUGAGUCGGUUUAAUUUGUCAAGAAACUUGAUAGUUGGUUCCCAUGCUGUAGCAGAUCUUAAGCCGACUAAGACAAGUUCUUGUAAACCUUCGAACUUUCCCUCCCAUUUAGAAGGAAACGUUGCAAUCAAACAUGAAAUAGUAUCAGGAGCAUCAAGGUCAAUCUUGGAAACAAAUUUGGACAUUGUGGAAAUUGUCUCAAUAAACUCGUGCUCGUGA